UCACUAAAAUCUGAUAAUGACUGUGAGCAGUAUACUUCUAGUGGCAGGUCAGUCUGCCGUGUCCCAUGCGCGUAUGUGAGUUUAACAGGAACUGGGUGUAUUUUUCUUAUUCUUUCUCCGAGAAUGAUGGAGAGAUAAUCACACUUGCUUGCACUGGGUUACUGGAAAUAAUUUUGGGGGAAGGCUACAGCAAAGAUCAUCAAGUGCUCCUGAGUACCUGCUCUCUCCGAGGGGGGCUGGAUGAUGGGAGGCGUUUCCAGCAUUAGCUGCGCGCUGCUCACGCUCACUGACAAUUUCUCGCGCUCCCAGCUGUUGAGUGGAAGCGUCGGCCAGCGUCUGAGCGCAGUCUUGGUGGCGUCUGUGCCAGCAUUGGCGAAACGUGGACAGAAUCGUCUCGUGUGUUAUAAAGUAACCACAGAAAAACGCGAAGGCGGGUCUGGAAGGAGCUGGAACGGACGAUGCGUAACCGGAACCUCGCGCCUGCGGACGUGUGCGCUUUGGCACCAAGAUGCACUGAUGAGUCGAGGAACCUAUGUUGGCAAAACAGCAAAGUGUAAGAGUGAACAUGUUCCCACGAACUGGCUUCCCUAAUGUAAAUAUACAAGUGUAAGCUGCAGCUGCAGAAUAAGGUGUGGAAAGUCUUCUCGUUGUGCCCGUUUUGAUCUCUGCCGACCGUGCCAAUGCUGGGAUGGCUUGUGGCUUUGUGCGUUGUGACCCUGGUGGUCUUAAUCUGGCCCGGCUCCAAAUAUUUCGGUACCGACCGCCAGACGGAUGCUUUGCUCCAGGGACUGGGGAUUUCACAGCAGGCGGCGAAAGACAAAGCCGAGAGGUGCAUCUCAGACCGUGAGGGGGGAGACGGUGCCCAGGCCGCCGGUGUGGAUCCCUUAAGCGACGAGAAGGCACGCACCGUGGCACUGAUAUGCAAACCGUCCGCGCUGGCCAACUACCUCCUGAAGCACUGUAGGACUUUCAGUAAUUACUCGCCGUGUGUCGGAUGGACGUGGCGGGCCAGCGCUUUUCUCCAGAGCGUGUACGAGGCGUGCUGGCCGUACGAAAGCCCGGUUCAGUUUGUGCGGGACAACCUGCAGCUCAGCGACGAUGGACUUGUGGCUCUGGACUGGGCAGUGCCAUCCUACCAGAAACGACGCAGGACUUCAAGUCACUCGACCAGUCCGAUCCUUCUCAUCAUCCCAAACUCUUUUGGGAAGAUCACUAGAAAUGUGUUAAAGUUGUGUGAGACCGCGCUGUCCCAUGGCUACCUUCCAGCAGUUUUCAACCGGCGCAGCCACAACGGCACCCCCCUUACCACCCUCAAACUGCAGCAGUUCGGUGACCCCGCGGAUCUGCGCGAGGCCGUGCGCUACAUUCGCUACCGGCAGCCCGCAGGACGACUGUACGCAGUGAGCGAGAGCUCAGGAUCGGGCCUUCUGCUCUCUUACCUGGGGGAGUGCGGGUCCUCGAGUUACGUGACCGCGGCCGUCUGCCUCUCACCCGUGUUCCGCUGCCAGAGCUGGUUUGAGAAUGGGCUGUGUUGGCCCCUGCAGUGGGCGUUGGUCCUGUACCAGAAGAUAUGUCUCAGCAGGUAUAGGACAGCGCUUGGUGAGACGAUACACACAGACACUCUGUUUUCUAGCUGUUCCCUGCGUGGCCUUGAGGAGGCGCUUUUCUGUCAGGCUGGACACGCGGGCUCCACACCCGUAGCGCCAGCUGGGACCACCAGUGGCAGCAACUGUCCGUGCGCCUGGGACGCUUACUGGGAGCGUAACGAACCCUUGCGAGAUGUGGAUGAGGUGGCUAUUCCCGUUCUGAGCGUGUGCGCUCAGGACGACCCCGUGCGCGGCGACACCCAAUCCACGGUACCCUUGGAACUAUUUGAGACGAACCCUCAUUUUUUCCUCCUCCUAACUGACCGUGGAGGCCACUGUGGUUUCUCCACCCAGUCCGGGGGCAGCGCUGCCGGUGCGCUGGGCGCAGCCGGCUCUGCGGCUGCACCCAGCGGUGAGAUGGAGAGUCGUGGGACCAACUGGAGCCACCAAGCUCUGCUGGAAUUCUUCAGGGCAACCACAGACUUCUUCAAUGCGGAGGAGAGAUCAAAGCAGCUCGCGGCGAGGAGGAGGGGGCUGGGAGGAGUUGUAGGAGGAAGGGUUUUCCGCAACCGCAGUGUCAGUACAUGUAAGCGUGUGCCAGCGUGUUCCCAUAAUAUCCACGCCAUUUUCAAUUGGCAGCGGUCCUAUACGCGAUGAGGGAGCUUAUAGGGAUGUUAAAGGUACAGCGUGGAGUUUAUUCACCGGGACACACCUGAGGUUUCAUUAAAGUGACAACAUGAAACAAAUCAGAUUCAUUUUUCAAACCUGCACCGUUUAUGUCCAUAUUUACUAAAAAAAAAAAAAAAAAAAAAGUAGAUUUCUUAUCCCCUGACUUUCACUUGUGCAUUACGGUGUUUUUGAUGCAUUACAACAAACUUGUCUUAUGCUUUAGUGGUAUAGGUGCAUUGUGCUACCUACAUGCACGAGUUCAUGCAUGUAUGUCAUCAUGUGCCUGGACAGUACAAACACAAUAAUACAGGACUGACUCACAGCACUACUUUGAGUCAAAAACACUGGAACUUUCCGAUAUGUUUUGGGUUUUGGAUGUGAUGCAGUGACACUCCAGUGUAAGUGUUACCAUGACUAGUAAAAAUUUCUGGGGAGAAAGUGUCUGUUAUUCUGAAACCAAUCAACCACUAAGAUCGAAGAAGAGUGACAGGCCCCGGGCUUGCAUACAGCUGUUAUGGUUAAUAGGUGAAAAGUUGACACUAAACUCUUAAUAUGGACGUCUGUAUAUUUUUUACCAGUGCCAGCUUUCACAGUUUUAUGAACACACACAAUACAUUUACUGAUUCACUUCCUUCUCCUUACAUUUCACAAAAUUUGCCACAUUUCCUAACCACAUUUGUUCAGUUUGCAAGCAACAGUGACACUGUCAUUUGGGAUAUUUGAGACCUUGACACUUCUUGUAUCAUACUGUUAUUUUUUUUUUUUUUUUUUUUUAAAAACAACAUUAUAUUUAUUGGGGAGUAGCCGUUGUAUCUUUUGGGUGUAGAAAUAAAAAAAAUAAAUAAAAUCCAGCCAAAUCUUGAAUUAAUUUGAGCUAAAGAUUCUCUUAUGUGCAGGGAAAUGUCACUACACAGAUGCGAAUUGUGUCGGGGCACUUAUAUGUGUUAUCCUGCCAGCUUAUAGAGGAAAGUCAUGCGUUUAUGAUAUUUUAAUGAACUACACGGCAUGGCCAGAAGCACUUUGUGAGUUUUCUGGUCUCAUCAGUUAAAAUCUGCACUCUGCAAGUUUUUUUCCCUGGAUGUGCAGACGAUGAUGUCCCUAGUUACACACCGAAAACACAGAGAUGGAGAAAAAAAAAGACUUCUUGUUUGAAACAUUUUUCUCAUGUUGUGCUAUUUGGGUUGAUUGAACAUCAACCAAAUAAAUUAUUCUGUUGUUUAACAAAACAUUCCACAUUUUAAAUGUGUUAUAUUAAAAGUGUAGUAGAACAUUUUAUGGCAGAUAUUUUGCCAAAGGUGUAUUUGAUCCUUCUCUUUACUCAACUCUUACUCACUUUACUGACAAUAUCUACAAGUCAGAGACAUUUUAUCCAUUUACACUUUUUGACAGCUUUAGUUACAGAUUCGGAUCAAUAAUAAAAACAUAAUGGGAGUGGGAGUGUAGUUGAUCCUGGGGUAGAAUUUACCAUUUACGUUGGUAGUUUUUAAAUUGGUUUAACCUUUACCGAUGUGAUGAACACAUUAAUACCUCACUAAAAAACAUCUGACACAUCAAAAUCUGCUCCCACGCAUGUCACCCAUACCAUCAUCUUUGGUGAUUUUGUUCUUCUGAUGGCAGUGAGCUUUUUUUCUGUGAAUGGGUCUGCACGCUUCACAGCGACAUUUUGACGCAUACACCGAUACAGCAGCACCAACUUUGAUUAAUAAUAUAACCUUCAUUAUUGAAAAGAGGCAGAAAAGCGCUACGAAUCAAACAAAACUCUUAAAAAAAAAAAUAAAGACUAAAGGACCCAAAUCAAGGAGCUGCAGAUUCGCACUUGAUUAGUUUUAUCACAGGACCUUUGUGUUAGGUUUAACAGUGCAUGUAAUUUGUGGUGUCGUUUUUACUUUACAAAUUACCGACAUUACAAAUUACUGGAGGUCCCCAGGUUGUCACUUCAAGACCAAGCGUUUUGUGUCAACACAACUUCCCAUGUCAUAUACACAAGCUCACAAAUGCGGUUUGAAUGCAGUGUAAGAUGUUUUUCGUUGCAACGAAAGAGUGAGUAGAAUGUUACACUCCAGUAAUGGGCUUGUUUUCACUUGCAGAUUACCCCUGGCAAAAGACCUAUUCGCACAGGACCAGUUUUCCAAAGAAAACUCUCCACAGUGAGAAUUACAAUACGUUAACUCGUGUCACAACUCGACUUGAAAUGAAUUGCAAUUAGCAAUUCAGUGCACCAGUGUACCUGACACGAUUGGCGUUCAAGAGAUAAUAUCAUCUGUAAAUUGUGAGAUUGUCUCUGCAAGGCAAUCGAAGUCACAAAAGGGUUUGGGAAGCUGAAGAGCAGAUAAUGUAAUGUAAGGAAUGCCAUAUGGCUGCAAGCGCUGCCAACAUUUUCAAAUACAAAGAAUAACACCAUAUGACCAACUCAUCAAAUUUACCAAAUCACUAAAAAUGAAGCUUACACAUUUAUGAAUACGUCCAGUUUGAAGGUUAGUUAUACCACAAGAGGGCGGAGUUCAUGUGGAGCCUUUUUUAUGAAACAAUAAUCUGUGAAAAACAGCACAUCUUGUUCUCUACAUCCCUGUGUAAUAUGUCCUGAAAACAUCCAGUAUGUUAUUCUUUCACGACCAGUCACUAACAUAAGAGUUUAUCUUGUUCUAUGUUAGAGUCUAUGCUUUUAUCAAACCCCCUGUCAGUCAGUUCCCACAGACACUCCCGGCCAUAGCACAGUUCCAUGCAGAGAGAGAGCGAGUGUGUGUGUGUGUGUGUGUGUGUGUGUGUGUGUGUGUGUGUAUGUGUGACAUUGACUGUGUUUAUCCGCCCACUGAGCCUCAUCCACUCAGACAGUUGGAACACAGCAGUGUACACACAGACACACACGAAAUGUGUGCCCGCAGACACAGUGUCAACACGCACCCUCGCUGUCACACACAAACAGAGACUCACACACACGUAGAGUUACCCGCAUGCACACAACACAUGCAAACAAGCUGUGACAUACAGGGUAUUCUUAUGCAUGCUCAUUAGCCACAGGAACAUGCACGUUCACAUGAUGUAAAAAAAAAAAAAAAAAAAAAAAGGUACACACAGUGCAUGGCCCCAAUAUUAAAAUAGACAAUGCUUCUAUGAAAGUGGUCUGAAUUUCAGUAGGCAGCGUUGCAAUCACUGUCAUUGAGAGUGUGUUUAGCUGUAAAUCAUCAAGUAAUUGUCGGGUUUGUAGCAGCGGAGGAAGGGGCAGAUGUUUAUUAUCGCCUCCACUCCAGACAGGGUCAAACUAACAUCAGUUAGUCUUGAGUUAAUCCAUUUAAUCGCCUCUCUCCAUCUCCAAGAACUAGAACCUUUCAAAACAAGAGACUACAGUUCAUCUUCUCGGUGCAGCACAGACCUGAAAUCCUGUAGCAGCAAAAUGCAAAUUCAUCUUUUAAGUGACCGUGUACAUUAAUGCUUUUUCAGUGGUUUUGUUUGCAUCAGUUAUUUAUUUGUAUUAAUCCAUUAUGGUGCAGUUUUACAAAGCAUUUUUAAACAUUAAAUGUCAGUGCCUAAUGCUUACUGUAUUGUUAACAAGUAAAAUUUAUUCUGAUCAUUGUC